GGUGUGAAUAGCCUUGUACCAUGUGACCUCUGUGAUCAUUCACAGAUUUCGCUAGUAGUAAGCAAUGAUGUCAGAAGUGACAUUUUGCUUACUACUAUUCAUGUGAUCACUGAUUGGCCAAUCAGUGAUCACAUGAAUAGUAAUAAGCAAGAUGUCACUUCUGACAUCAUUGCUUACUACUAGUGAAAUCUGUGAAUGAUUACAGAGGUCACAUGGUACAAGGCUAUUCACAACUGCCUUGUACCAUGUGACAAGCUGUGAUCAAUCACAGGUCAC